AGAGCUUUGUGGUGGGAGUAACAUACCGAGAGUGCAUGCUGCAUACUUCUCUGCCAACUCAGUAGCUUCCUCAAAAGUCUCAUUACUGGUGAAUCAUGGAGCUGCUUGUAAAUGUAAGAAAAUGGAUAGAAGAAAACAAAGCUGCUUUUUUGCCCCCAGUGUGCAAUAAGCUUAUGCAUUGUCAGAAGCUGAAUGUGAUGUUUGUUGGAGGACCAAACCAAAGGAAGGAUUAUCAUAUUGAAGAAGGAGAAGAGUUAUUUUACCAAGUGGAAGGAGACAUGUGCUUGAAGAUAAUUGAAAAUGGAAACCACAGAGAUAUCCACAUCAGAGAAGGGGAGAUGUUUCUUCUACCUGCCAGGAUACCACAUUCUCCUCAGAGAUAUGCAAAUACUGUGGGACUCGUGAUUGAGAGAAAAAGGCUAAACACAGAAACAGAUGGACUUAGAUAUUAUGUUGGAGAAUCAACCAACGUCCUGUUUGAAAGAUGGUUUCAUUGUGAGGAUCUUGGCACACAACUUAUACCGAUAAUCCAAGAGUUUUUCAGCUCAACACAAUAUCACACUGGAAAACCAAAUCCAGAUGAUCUUCUGAAAGACACCCCUUUCCCACUAAAUGCCACUGGAGUCAUGGAUCCAUUUUCCUUCCAAAUCUGGCUAAAUGAUCAUCGUGGAGAAAUAAAUCAGAAGAAAUCCUUGACCAUGUUUGGAGACAAUUUUGAGACAGAGGCUGUAGUUUAUGGACAAGGAGUAAGUGAAGGAAGCAAAAAGAAUACCGAUAUCUGGAUAUGGCAGCUGGAAGGCACAUCUGUUGUUACUAUGGAUGGUAAAAUACUGAGUCUAGCUGCUGAUGACAGCCUGCUCAUCCCUGCCCUGUCUAGGUACCACUGGAAGAGAGCAGAAGGAUGCAUUGCUCUUUACAUUACUCAAGACCCAAUACGCAAGAGACCCUAUGCCUAAUUUCUGGGAACGUAAACUAAACAUGGAUGAUCUUUAAAAUUAUCUAUGUGGGAUAAAGUUUUUGAUGUUGCUGACAGGGCUGCUCAGAAAAUGAAUUACUUGUCUAAUAAAAAGGUUACAAUGAAAUUGUGGUUUCAAGCAAUAGAUCCAAUUAAACGUAAAGCAUGCAUACUACAUGCUGCAUGAUAAACUGACAACUAUGAGCGAUUUGGUUAAAACUCAGAACACUCAUUAUUCCAAAAGAAAGGUGAAGCUGAUUUAAGUAAUGCAGCCAAAUAUACAGAUUUAUAUACUCUAUCUUGAAAGCUGAAGC